UAUGGUGAUAUGUCAAAUUCCAAACUAAAACUUGUCUGGGACAAUUUCGUGUUGGUUCUUAUUAUAUCUUUUUUCUUAAUAAAUAUUUACAGUAUCCCUUAUAGUAAAUGUAGUUCUUGCGUGAAAUUUAUAUGUGAUUUGUUUAAAGUGCCAAAUUGAUGUCUCGUUAUUAUUGGUAUUAUGAAUCAGGUUGAUCAAAAUAUAAACAAAGAUAUGUUUGAUUCUGAUCUGAUCGACGUGGAAUCUUUGGAUUAUUCCGAUGAUCAGACAUGGUUGUACACAGUCCCUGAAGACUCGGGCCAGAAUGUUGACAUUGUGGACUGGAACUUAUCCUGUGAUUGGCCCGUCAAUGAGGACACUGAAUAUCUUAAGUUGGAGAAAACUCUAUAUACAGUACUUGACAACAUACUUAAAAAUGAAGUCCUCUCGAUGCCAGACAAACACAAGUUCGACUCACGAACGUAUGUUAAGCCAAAGAAACGAACGCAUCGACCGAGCAUUCAGAACAUAGUAGAAGCAGCCACUCCAUCUUCUAUGUCGCCUAUACCGUCACUGAACACCAUCCACCAGUCUAACCAAUCAGCGAACAAAUAUUUGACGUACAACAAAUAUAAUAAUCCGUUGGGUCCAAUCAGUCCUAUGUUGAGGUUAAAGACGUUUAAUGUGGAUACGAAUACUGAGAACAGCCAUGCCGUCAAAGAGUACGCGAUGAAAAGGAGGAGUUUGGUGCAAGAUGAUGAUCCUCAGUUGGAAGAUUUGGACGUGACCCUCGCAUCGGAGGUGUCGGGCCGGUCGUCGAUGGACCACGCGCCGUCCAAGCCCAUCAACAUCGACCUCUCACAGCCCGCCCACAACUUACAUAACACCUUCAACAAGGGUCUAACAAAUAUGAUGAACGAUCGGCCAAGUCUGAACAUGUACCAGAGCGGCGAGUCACUCAUGCGCAUGUCUCCGCCCAGCCUCGUCUCGUCACUGCUAAUGGAAAGUUCUGGAACGUUCAACGCCGAAUCUAUGGAUAGCCGCAAAUCUAUGCCUUCUCACAAGGAUUCAGGUCUUCCAAUGUCAGGGCGCGACAGCAUCGACCCGAUGAUGACGAGCAUGACACUCAGUAUCCUCGACGAGAAGGACAUGAGCACCAGCUUCCUCUCCCAAACCACGUACCCUGACAACGACAGCCUCAUGGACUCCCUUCCACCCAGCCUCGUCAGCUCUGUCAACUCUUCCUACGUUAUCUCCAACACCUCCAAACCUAAAGACAGCACAGACUCCAACAUAUUCAGCUCAGCGACCUUCACACACCUAGAACAAUCAGAAAAACUCCUCUCCGCACGACCUCGGUGCCAACUCUACAACAGCUUCACAAAACGAGAAUCUGGCAUACGAAACUCGGAAAGCUACACGAAAUCCCGCGAAGAAGCGUGCCAAAUUGACACGGGCAAAAUUCUAAAUGAAAACACUGAUAAGAAAGAUUCGCCCAAAACCAUACCCAAACCUAACCCAGAAAUGGCCGAAACGAUCACCUUACACUACUCUAACAAUAGGUUCAGACGGGACAAUGACGCUGAGAAAGAAAACUUUGAAACUGACGACGCAUUUUACAAGGAUAUGGGUAUGCAGAGGCCUGAGGACGUGGGUCGGAAUAGUCUCAACGUGACCUUGGGGAAGCAGGAGUUGAAUGAGAUUAUACAAGCUCGACAGAAGUUGUCACUGGCGAGGAAGGCGCUGCCUACAGAACCGGAGAAGGUGCCACCUCCUCAAGUGGACACUUCCCCUAUCAAAACCAUUCAGUUACCGAACCAAACUAUAACAGUGCCCCGACAGAGUAUGGAGAAUGCUUCAGAGUUACUGUCAAGGCGGAGAGCUCUUAACGGCAAUGGUUUCGAUAGACAAGAAGAACCACCGACAAGGGAAACUCCCAAAAGGAACGCUACGUUCAAAAAAUUAUCACCCAAAGCCAGCGCUAUGGACACAACGGUUGUUUACAUGAAGGCAGACGAUAAUCAGAUUAUAGAUAUUAAUUCAGCAACGCUUAAUUUAAUAGAUGUCGGCGAGAGGACCUUACAACAGGAUGCGCGGGAGUGGGGCUCACAAGAGCGAGCGAUGGUUGGUUCUAGCGAGAGUACUGACACGGGCACCUUCAGCUCUUCGAGUCCCCCUGACAGCGUCCCCGACCACGUAUCUACGCACGAUACACGCCCACAAAUAGCAUCAACACCGCUCAUGUCACUAAGGAAAGGAUGUAAAAACGACUUAAUGAAUCUUCACAAUACGAUAUCACCAAUUUAUGAUAUGAUAGAUGAUAAAUCGUAUACUGUUACUAAAGUACCAAGUUCGACGCCCAGUGGUGCUGUACAUAACACGACGGUUAUAAAUAGUGCUACGUUGGUUAAGAAGUCCGUGAAAAGGGAUAUUAUGGCGGGAAAAGCUAGUCCCGAGAAGAAAAUGUUCGCUCCAAGUGUUAUGCCGAAACCUACUAGGACGAUACCUACUAAUGCUGCUUCAUACGGUACUAUGGUUCCUCCUGCCGCCGUUCCCAGGAAAACCAGCUUACCGACAUCAAAGUUAAGGCAAUACAGUUCACAUAGAGAACUAAGCAGGAUACCAGGCGGGCCGGUCCCAGCAGCGAGUACAGGACCAGCUCGCGGUGCACUAGGCGGGCGUGGCAUCACGCGGCGCGCCGUGUACGCAUCCAACCCGGCCCUCAGCCCCACCGCCAGCGGACCGCCCGACCAUCCACUGCCCACCGAGUCUUAUACCAUCGCUACACACCACAAAUUAGAAGAUAAAACAACCUCUAAAACCGAGAUCCCUCCCACGCCAGUGUUAGUUCGACAAGGCACUGAAACACUAAGAAGAGAGAGACCGCACAGCCAGUUGGUGGCUCCGAGAGACCCUCCUACGAGUCGGCCUUACUCGAUAGCGACGACAGCCCCACUUCGCGUUGGCGUCGCACGACCUACCUCCGGCCCUGUACCUAAACAGCCAUCAGUGGCAGUAGUGGACCAGCCCCGCCCUGUAUCGAGUACGGCGGCGCCAGAAGCGCGCGUGUCCGCGUUACCCCGCCCCUCACGACUACCCGCUCCGCGACGCGCGCUGCGACCCCCGUCAGUGUACUCCGUGGCGCCUACGGCGGAUAUCGACCACUACUGACAUUUAGCCUGCUGUGCCAACCUGCUGGGCCGGCGACCCUAGCAGUAACUAAAUUAUACAAGUAACAUGACUGAUCCACUCAAAACACGGUGUCUUUCUAACUUUUUGUACUGCCUAGACAUUAAAUUUUGGCUUUUUUAACAAAUUUUUGGUAAAUUUUAUUACCCAAGUAUUAAACUCUGAUAUCAUUAUUAAUUGUAGUGUUGACCAAUUUAAUGAAUGAGUAAAUUGAGUACCUUUGGCACGUAUCAAUGCGGAGACAAUAAUUUGUUGAUACUAUUCGGACAUUGUUAUUUCAAAUUCAAUAAAUUCAUACAUUUCAAUUUCACUAGUUUCUCAUGACCAUUUCAUUUUUUGAAUGUUGUGAUACAAUCCUAUGUGGUUUUCAUUUUAUUUGUACACGUAUUGUAUUUAAUUUUCGACAUUCAAAGUUUUACAUGUGAAAAUUUUGCUAAUGUCUUUCGAUGGAGGUGCGAAAUUACCUUUUCAUACGAUGAAAAGAUUGACAUUUUCAACCUCUGCCUAUCUAUAAGUUCCAUUUCUCAUCAAUCAAUGCUCUCUCGCGCCAUCUCAUUGUCGAAGAAGCUCAAAAUUGUAAAAUUUCUAUCUAAAUCAUGAUUUGGUACAAAGACAUACAAAUUAAGAUAUUAUUCCUAUAUUAUUAUUUACAAAUUUAGUGAGUAGUGUAUCAAAUGUUGGUUUAGUAAUUUAUUUCAUAGUAAGAGUUUUGCAUUUUGUUUCAACUAGAGAUUGUAUUCAUGUAGGGACAUGUAAUUUAAUCACGCUUUAGAUAUAAAAUUAUAUUAUAUACUAUUUAAUAUAACGCUCCUUUGUAUACUAAUAUAGAAAAAUUGUAUACACGGCACAUUUGACACAUAGAUAUUUUUAAUAAAAAUGUAAACAAACAAAAAUAAAUAUAUCGAAAUUGCGCCUUUUAUCUCACAUUCACGUUUAUGCACAAAUUUUAUGUAUAUUUAUAUAAAUACUCUUUUGUAAAUUGUGUAAAUUUCAGUGUUGCUAUACUGUUAGAGUUAAACGUUAUGAAUCCUCUGCUUCCUAUCACAUGUAUAUUGAACAAUUAAAUAUAAACAUAUCGGUGUUAAGGAACUUGUGUAUCCGACGUUUGUUCGUCCUUGUUUCAGAUGCUUUAUAUUAUGUUAUUUUGUUAAAUAAAUGUUGCGUCUACUUGUCUAUACAGCGAUGUUGUCCGCCCAAAUUACAGUAUUUCGUGUAACCAGCAAUAAAUAGCGCAGUAGCAUUAUGUAUAUUUUGUAAGCAUGUAUAUGAACAGGAUUGUUUGUUUUUGUGUAAAAAUCUAUGUGCAUAUUGUGCUAAACCUUUGUUCCCGCUGUCGUGAGGUCGCGCUGAGUGCGGGCCAGCCCUCGCGGUUGUUUGAACACGUCGUGCCUUAUUUAGGUAGUGUAAGGGAUUUUGUUUUCAUUUUCUAAUAAAACUCUAUAUUUAAUGA